UACCAGCACCCCUCCUCCACUCUCUGCUCAGUCACACUCUCUUUUCUCUCUCCUGCUGUGUGCCAGUCCCUCUCUCUCCCCCCCUCCACUUCCUCAAAGUGGCCACAGCUCCUCUCUUUUCUCUUGUCCUCUUUACAUCCCUCCACCACUCUCUUUCUUCCUCCAGCUGUGUGAGCGACCAGCCCCGGCUCUGACCAUUCCUCUUCACCUCCACAAGUUGAACGGAGCUCAAACUUCCCCUGAAGACUUAAUUUUCAUCAUUGACCUUUUUUUUCCUGGUCCUUCACCCUUCCCCUCUGGAGAGGCUUGGUUGGUGUGUGCCUGGCGUGUGUGCAGCAGCGUGUGCAAGGGCUCUGGUGUCGUGCUCUUUGCCCUGAGGGAGUCCCUAAAGGUUGUGACUGACGGAGAAAAGUUAUCACCAAGAUGAAUGUUCAGCUGCUGCUCCUGGUGGCCCUGGCUGGCCCUUUCUGUGCCUUUACACAUGCAAGCCCCACAGAGCUCCCUUCAGAACUUGAUGUUACAGCUGCACCAGCCAUCACCACUGAGGCUAACGAGGGUACCAUAGAGAAUCUUAGUGUUAACACUGAUCCACCUGCAACCAAAUCAGCGGCGGCCCCUGAAGUGCAUACAGCAGAAGUUAUAACCGCGGCAGCACCUGUUACUGAAGUCAAUACCGAAGCGGCUGUCGUUGAGACGGAAGCCCCUCCUGCUGCUACGGAGGGACCGGAACCCUUUAUCACUGACCAGCCUGUGGUGGCGACAUUAGCCCCCACUGUGGCAGCAAAAGUUGAUAACAAAUCUGAGGCAACAGCAGCCGCAAAGACAGAGGCAGAUGACGAGGUAGUCGUUGAAGACGAGCCAGACGGCCUGAGUUCUGGCCAGGUAGUCGGCAUUGUGAUUGGCGCUCUGUUGGCAGUGGUCAUCGUCAUCGCUGUGGUGAUUGCUGUUGUGAGGAGGAUGGGAAAAUACUCCCCUUGAAGAAGAAGUCGGCUAAGCAGCAGGAGCGCCCGAGGUUCUGGAAAUUCUGAACUACUGAACUGUGACGUCACUCGCGAUCAUUAAAACAAGCACGAUACCAGAACUAAACUAAUCUAACCAGGACUCUGGACUGUUGCCAAAAAAAAGAGAGGGGGAGGCUUGUGUGUGUUUAUGUUUGUACUGUAUGUACGUGAGACGAGAGGGGUACAUGAGCAAACCUCCUCACCUCCCCCCGUACCUCCCUGACCCCACCCCCCUUCCCCCCCAGGAGCCACUGAUAUAAAAGGCUCUGUCCUUCCCUACUCCCUCGGAGAGAGAACAAAACAAGGUGACGGCAGGAUGUCACAAAGAAUUUCAGGCCUUUUCAAAUGCAUUUUGCUAAAAAAAAAAAAAAAAGAAAGAAAGAAAGAGGGAAAGAAAGGUAGGGGAUUAUCUGACAUCGAGGGAUAAAAUCUCUCUCCUUUAAAGAGUGACUGAUUUAGAUUUGCAUGGAAGUUUGAGAGGACAUUAAAAUGAAAAAUACUGACAAAACAAAAGGAAAUUAAAUGCGCAUGAAAGGUGGGAGCAGGAAAGAGAGCAGGAGAGACUGUUACAAAUUCCACAGGAUGUAUAUACAAUGCAAGGGGACUACAUAGUAUACAGCUAAUGACUUUCUCAUAUGUUGCAGUUGCAUAGGCUAGCAUUUGAUAUUAUGGAAUACACAGUACAUAUGGGCUAUUGUUGUGGCUAACAGACCUUUAAAGCACCCCCCUGGGCACCAGUCGAAGCAUUUUCUCAUGUAGCCUGAAUCCCUGAUAUGUUGGCCAACUGUAUGAAGCACCGUGUGCAGAAGUUGUCUUGACAUAACACACUCAAGAGCUCUGAGAGCUAUCAUGUGGCUAACAGAAAAGAAAAGGGCACCCUCAUUUGCAAGAGUAACGUGACAUUCUGCCCACUUUAACACUGACAUAUAAAAACCUAAUACAUAUCUGUGAAAUUUAGCAGAAGGGUUUGUGCCACUGUCUCUGGUAUUCUCUAGGUAGUUAGGAGGAUUUUAACUUUUGAAGUGCAUUAUUAAUGUGAAUUGACUGUACUGUUUAACUGCCACCCAUUCCAAAAAUACACAGCUUCCACGACUUCUGCCUUGUUCCUUUAUAAAGGCUCACACACAACCAGUGGUCAUUAGACAUUGCCAUAGCAUUGUCUUGGCAAUGUGUUCAUAGUACUUCUAUUAAUAGUUAGAUUACCAGAACAGUCAUCCGGUCUUUAAAUUUGAGCUAACCCCAGAUUGUGUGCACAGGAUGACAUUUUAUAGUUGCACUUAGUUUUUAGUGCACAGUGUUAGGCGGUAAUGCCCUGUUUUGUUAUUUUUGCAACUGUAAGUGUGCUAAAUGGGUGUACAAAUAAUGAAGUCUCAGCUUAGCUCUGCUUGCUUUACAAACUCGUUUAAUAUGUGCACUGAAUGAGUGGUGUAAUGUUUAAUGAAUAGGCUUUAGACACUGCAAAUGUUUGCAACGACACGUCUUUUGUUUCCUCUCCUCUGCUUUGCCGCAUAUUAUCAGUUCUAGGUCUUUAAUUUGUGCCAUCUGAUUUGUUUGAACCCUUUUAUUUAAUUGCGGUGUUUUUGUUCAUACUGUUUCAAUAAAAAACUGAAAACACUC